GCCAACACAAGAUAGAGAGAGAUAGGUAUCCGUAAACACUGCGGGUUGCCUGAAAAAUAUUUUUGCCUCACUCGUCGUUCACAGUGGGUCCCUUCCAGUUGUUUACAUUCAGUUCAUUGCAUAUAAGCAUCACCCUCUACACACAAAAUAUUGAUCCAUGACGCUUGCGCAUAUCCUUGCCCGUUUUAAUCAUGCGUUUUAUGUAGGGAUGCCAACCUAGCAACCGCACUAUAAACACAAUAAACAGUCAUUUUACUAUUCUGCUUCUACCUGACGUGCAUGCAGGUUUCUUUCUGUUACAAACAUUAAUCCUGAAUGAGAAUAAGUAUCUAACAAUGAAUGCUUCAUUGACAUUUGAGGUUUUGUUAUACUUGAAUUCUUAUUAUUUCGGCUUGUUUGCAGUUUGUGAGUUAGGAAUGAAUGCCGUGAAGUACAUCAAUUUUGGAAAUUUACAUCAUUAUUCUACGGAUUUUGGGGUAUUUAUAGGUGUAUGUUUCAUUGAGAUUUUAAGAGUGCUGAUAGCUAGAAGAGGUAAUCUUACCGAAAGAAGGUGGCCAGUGAUUGUAGCGAUUUUACUCACCAUUCCCUCUAUAAUAGGUGUAGUAUAUUUGAUGAUUUGGCAAAGUGAAAUACUUAGAUUUGAAUAUAUUAUCUGUGCAAUGCAGUUGGGAUUUUGUACUGCAGAAAUUAUUUCAGGUAUUUUGUGCCUUUUCAAAUGUUGCCAAACACCUGAAUAUUAUUAAUUAUUGUUACAUAUUAUAUGUUUAAAGAUUUCUAAUAAAUAGAAAAAUAGUGAAAGUAUUCAACCUGACUUGGUGAUGCACCUUUAUGCUCUUCUAUAAUAACUGGGUGGAAAUUGUACAGAAUCAGUUAUUUUAUUUGAAAUUUUAAUUUCAUAAAAUGUUUUCAACUUACUGAAGGAAAAGCCACAAUAACUG